AUGACGUCGUUGUCUCCCGUCUUCCAGCGUUUCCUUCUAGAAACCUAUCCAAUCUUGCGCUCUGGGCUUCCGCAAGCUGGCCGUCGAGAUCUCAGGUUACGGGUUGUCGAUGACUUCUUCCGUCUCGACGCUGCGGCGCUUGCGGCAGCGAUCGCUACUGGGCCGACUUCCCUCACAGAGCAAGAGCUAGCAUCGUCCCCGUCUACCAAGGAUGCAGACCCGGUGGACGCGCUACUGAGUGCCGCCCCAGGAGUCAUCGUUCGCGCCGACUAUUCAAACGAUGCUGCGUGGAUCGAGUUCUGCACGCUCCUUCGAGAGUCAGAGGCAGAGAUCCUCGCGGAAGACGACCCAAAAGCUACAUCAGCGGAGCCCGGGACCGACGAAGGGGAUGGGAGUGACAGCUCGAGCGAGGAAGAUGAAGAUAUGGCAGUGGAAGGGAGUACGGAGCCGAGUGCUUCAGGGGCAGCGAGUGCAUCUCCAGCGCCGUUAACAUUCUUCUCUGUCCUCGACUUCACGUCAGACGCGGAGCGCGCACGGGUCGUCGACAUGCCAAACCUCGCACUCCUCCGGCUGAUUGCAGACGCGGACGUACGUCCAGCGCCUGCUGUGCCUUCAGGGACGAAGCGGGUGAAGCCCGGACACCGGCUCAUCGACCUGAACGGCUUCCAAGAGAUCUAUCGCGGGCGCUCGCUCUGGGUCUACGAUGCGCAGUCGAACGUGGAUGGUGCUGUCAGAAUGGUCAAUCUUGAAGGCGACGUGUACGGUACCGCAACCGGCGAUAGCUGGAGAGUGCGCGCAUCGCAUAUCACCGAGAUGCAAGUCAACAUGGCAUUCCAUGGAAUGAAGGUGGAUUUUGGCGGGAUGGAUCGCUGGGACUACAGCGAACGGAAGCGCAAUCUAGAUUAUGCCACAGCGGCAGCAGCGACACAAUGA